AUGAGAUCUUUACACUUCAUUUCUCAAAUCCACAAAACCUUCAACCCUAAAAGAAACCCUAUUUUCACUCUCGAAUCCUCUAAUUUCACUCGCCGUUUCACAUCUCUCUCUCAAGAAUCAACUCCACCUCCGCAACCACCACCGCCAUCAUCACCUCCACCAUCAUCUGAUAGAGUCUCUUCAAUUGCUGAUGAACUCUCAAAAUUAACCCUUCUAGAGGUAUCAGAUUUAACUGAGGUUUUGCGUACUAAAUUGGAUGUUAAAGAGAUGCCAGUGAUGGCAGUGAUGAUGCCAGGCAUGGGGUUUAGCAUGGGAGCGGGGAUGAAGGGUGCUGGUGGUGGGGCAGCAGCAGCGAAGGCGGAGGAGAAGGUGGAGAAGACAGUGUUUGAUGUGAAAUUAGAAGGGUUUGAUGCGGCCAUGAAGAUUAAAGUUAUUAAGGAAGUUAGAGGUUUUACUGAUUUGGGUUUGAAGGAAGCUAAAGAUUUAGUGGAAAAGGCACCAACUUUAUUGAAAAAAGGAGUUACUAAGGAUGAAGCUGAUAAGAUUAUUGAGAAAAUGAAGGCGGUUGGGGCUAAAGUUGCAAUGGAAUAA